CAUCAUUUCCACCUAAAGUCUCGUUGCCCUCCUUCCGUUCUCUCAGUUCACUUCCAUUUCAUCAACAAAUCGAUCCAUCGUAGAAUGGCGGAAAAGAGUUUCAAGUACGUGAUCGUUGGUGGCGGUGUCGCAGCUGGAUAUGCUGCUAGGGAGUUUACCAAACAGGGAGUUAAGCCGGGAGAUCUGGCGGUUAUUUCCAAAGAGGCGGUGGCUCCUUAUGAACGUCCUGCACUUAGCAAGGCAUACCUGUUUCCUGAGGGGACUGCAAGACUUCCAGGUUUUCAUGUGUGUGUUGGAAGUGGAGGGGAGAGGCUGCUUCCUGAGUGGUAUGCAGAGAAAGGCAUAUCAUUGAUCCUUAGCACAGAAAUUGUGAAAGCUGACCUUGCUUCAAAGACUCUGAUUAGUGCUGCUGGAGAAACUUUUAAAUAUCAAGUUUUGGUCAUUGCAACUGGUUCCACAGUUCUAAGGUUGUCAGACUUUGGUGUACAAGGGGCUGAUUCUAAAAACAUCUUUUACUUGAGGGAAAUUGAUGAUGCUGACAAGCUUGUAGAAGUAAUCAAAGCAAAGAAAAAUGGAAAGGCUGUCAUUGUUGGAGGAGGAUACAUUGGUCUUGAGCUUAGUGCAGCACUGAGAAUCAACAAUAUUGAUGUCAGCAUGGUUUACCCAGAACCAUGGUGCAUGCCACGACUUUUCACCGCUGAUAUAGCUGCUUUCUAUGAGGGUUACUACGCAAACAAGGGUGUAAAAAUUAUUAAGGGAACAGUAGCUGUUGGGUUUGACACUAAUGCAAACGGAGAAGUAAAGGAAGUAAAACUUAAGGAUGGUAGGGUUCUUGAAGCUGAUAUUGUUGUUGUUGGUGUUGGGGCACGACCUCUUACAACACUGUUUAAAGGUCAGGUUGAAGAGGAGAAAGGUGGAAUCAAGACUGACGGAUUCAUGAAAACUAGUGUUCCUGACGUAUAUGCUGUGGGUGAUGUUGUUACUUUCCCCUUGAAACUGUACAAUGAUAUAAGAAGAGUUGAACAUGUUGAUCAUGCCCGCAAAUCAGCUGAACAGGCUGUGAAGGCAAUUUUCGCAGGUGAACAAGGGAAGUCCAUUGCCGAGUACGACUACCUACCGUACUUCUAUUCCCGCUCCUUUGAUCUGUCUUGGCAGUUCUAUGGCGACAAUGUGGGGGACACUGUACUUUUCGGAGACAACAAUCCGACAUCACCAAAUCCCAAGUUUGGAUCCUACUGGAUCAAAGAUGGGAAGGUAGUGGGUGCAUUUCUGGAGGGUGGGAAUCCUGAAGAAAACAAAGCCAUUGCCAAAGUUGCGAGGAUCCAACCUCCAGUUGAGAGUUUGGAUCAACUGACAAAGGAGGGUCUCACCUUUGCGUGUAAGAUCUGAAUUAUAGGAAUGCAAUAGUUGGGUUGAGUCGCUGGAUUUUUCAUAAAUCCACAAUGGUUUUUUGUUACUUUCCUAAUGUGGUUUGUCCACUGGCUUUUUCUGAUAGUGAACCUUAAGAUUAUGGAUUACAUUUACCAUUAAUGCAUUAUAUAUUCCUUAGUAUGACUGGAAUUCUGUAUAUUGUGGAAUCUUAUAUGCGGAGCCUUAGCUCAGCGGUAAGAUUGCUAGGGCUUACACAUUACAGGUCACCGAAAUUGUAUUUUGGUACGUGUGGGUAAGACUGCGUGCUGUUGACUCUUUGGAUUCUGUGGUGGGGAGAGUUGUAUUUCUUUUUCUAUAACUCUACUCCAGAAUAUGAUGUGGUGCAGUGUUGGUGUUUUUCCUUGUAUGCAAACAACAGUAAUAACUGAAACUAUCUUCCCAAAGGGUUUUCAUAUCCACUUUAGAAUUUUCUUAGCG